AUGGGUGAUAAGGUGCGGUGGCCAAAAGAAAUGAGAUCAAAUCCAAAUAGGCGCAAUCCUAAUCACUGGUGCGAAUUUCACAAUGAUCAUGGUCAUAAAACGGCAAAUUGUAGAUUGCUACAAGGUGAAGUUGACCAUCUAUUAAAGCAAGGGUAUCUCACCAAAUUAUUCAGUGAGAAAAGUAAGCAAGCAUACAUGAAGAAAAGUCAGGAGCCCCCUAAACCUCCUUCUCCCAAAAGGACCGUCAAUAGUAUAAGCGGGGGCGAAGAAAUCAAUGGCGUGACAUAUACAGCAGCCAAUAAAAUUUCUAAAGUUACAAUUACCCACGGGAAGCGGGUCCGACAUGUUUUGGAGGAAGAAAGUAGUUCUGUGAACAUUAUUCUGCUAAGAGUACUAAACGAGAUGCAAGCUAAAGAUAAACUAGUACCAAAGGCUCAUACUUUGUCUGGAUUCGACAAUUCAAGAGUUGUGACAAAAGGGGAGCUAACACUUACUACAUUCGCAGAAGAGGUUGUCAAAGAUACGAAAUUUCAGGUGGUAGAGAUGGAAAUGGCUUACAAUAUGAUUCUUGGGAGACCAUGGAUCCAUGAGAUGGAUGUCGUUUCGUCUACCUUACAUCAAGUUAUUAAUUUCCAUCACCAUAGGGAAUAUGUCAAAUCCGUGGGGAUCAACAGACAUCAAGGAGUAUCAACUCUGUAG